GUGAGAGAGGACAUGGUCUCAGGGACUUCACUGUAAAGGUUGAAGACGUGUUUAUAUGAAACAAGGAAACCGAUUUAUAAGAAGCAGCAUUACUGCCAUAUAACUGGAUAUAUAUCACCUUUUUUUGAUUCUUUGUUGCCAUGAUGGCAACUGGAGGAUCCGUCGCCUACAUCUGCGCAAGAUGGCGAUUGUUUUGUGGAUUGCGACGACAAAUAGGACUGCUUAUGUUGCUGCUUCAUGUGGUGAACAUGGUAGGUGGUCAGAUUCGUUACUCUAUACCAGAGGAGAUGAAGAAAGGCUCUGUUAUCGGUAAUGUAGCGCAAGAUCUUGGUUUAGAUCUGAGGAGGCUCCGUUCUGGGCGGGCCCGUAUCGUGACCGGAGAGAAUAUUCACUACACCGAGCUGAAGACAGACAAAGGGAUUCUAGUCGUGAAUGAGAGAAUAGACCGAGAGCAGCUUUGUGGAGACGUAACACCGUGUAGCUUCAGCUUUGAGGUGAUUUUAGAAAACCCGAUUGAAUUACACAGAAUAACUGUCGAGGUUUUGGAUAUAAAUGAUCAUGCUCCUGUUUUCCCGAAGAAAGAUAAAUCUAUCAGCCUCGAAAUAAGUGAAUCCGCUGCAGUCGGAGUAAAAUUUCCUCUGUGGAGUGCAGAGGAUCUAGAUGUGGGGCAAAACGCGUUGCAAGAUUAUAUUUUAUCACCAAACGACAAUUUUAUAUUGAAGCAACAUGCAAAUCCAGACGGAAGUAAAUAUGUUGAAAUGGUGCUCCAGAAGCCUUUAGACAGAGAGCGACAUCCCCAUCUGUCUUUAAAACUACUCGCAGUUGAUGGAGGAACACCACAGAGAUCUGGGACAGUUAAUAUAGAUGUUACUGUGUUAGAUGCCAACGACAAUGAACCAGUAUUUAACCAAUCAGUGUAUAAAGCAUCUGUGAUGGAAAACACACUGAAAGGCACCAGUAUUAUCAGAGUAAAUGCCACAGACGCUGACAGCGGUUCAAAUGGACUCAUUACUUACAGUUUGUCUCAGUCGAAAGGAACCGCAGCCGAUAUAUUCAGUAUUGAUGAAACCACCGGAACAGUUUCUGUGUCUGGUCAGAUAGAUUAUGAAAAAGACAGAAAAUACGAGGUGAGAGUCGAGGCAAAGGAUCAGGGUGGCCUAAUCGGAACAAGUAAAAUUAUAUUUGAUGUGUUUGAUGUCAACGACAAUGCUCCAGUUAUUAAUAUUAUGUCGUUUUCCAGCCCCCUGUCUGAGGAUGCGCCUCCUGGUACAACUGUGGCUGUUUUGAACAUAAAAGAUGCAGAUUCUGAGAAUAAUGGUCAAAUAAAAUGUUCCAUAGAUGGUAAACUUCCUUUUAAGAUCGAAUCAUCUCUAACAAAUUAUUACAAUUUGAUCUCAGAUCAACAUUUUGAUAGAGAAUCAGUCUCAGAAUAUAACAUAACAAUAACAGCCACUGAUCUGGGGUCUCCCCCACUUUCUAGCUCCACAAUAUUACACCUUAAAAUUUCUGACGUAAACGACAACGCCCCAUUAUUUGAUAAAAGCAGCUACUCUGCUUACAUCACAGAGAAUAAUUCCCCUGGAGUUUCUAUAUUUGCUGUCAGCGCGCGAGACUCUGACUGGAAUCAAAACGCCAGAGUGUCGUAUCUUUUAGAGGACACACAAGUCAGUGGCAGUCCAGUUUCUACUUAUGUGUCUUUAAACUCUGAAAGCGGAGUUCUUAGUGCGGUUCGUUCUUUUGAUUAUGAGCAAAUCAAACAGCUUCAGCUUGUAGUCAAAGCGCAGGAUGGAGGCUCCCCUCCACUCAGUAGCAACGUGAGUGUGAAAAUACUGAUCCAGGACCAGAACGACAACCCUCCUCAGGUGCUGUACCCAGUGCAGACUGGUGGCUCUGUGGUGGCUGAAAUGGUGCCUCGUUCAGCAGAUGUGGGCUAUCUGGUGACUAAAGUGGUGGCUGUUGAUGUGGACUCUGGACAGAAUGCCUGGCUGUCCUAUAAACUGCAGAAAGCCACAGACAGGGCGCUGUUUGAAGUGGGCUUACAGAAUGGAGAAAUCAGAACUAUCCGCCAAGUGAGUGAUAAAGAUGCUGUCAAACAAAGACUGAGUGUUAUAGUGGAGGACAACGGGCAGCCCUCUCGUUCAGCUACAGUCAUUGUUAACGUGGCGGUGGCGGACAUUCCUGAAGUGCUGUCUGAGUUCACUGACUUUCCACACGACAAGGAGUACAAUGACAACCUGACUUUUUACUUAGUCUUGGCUUUGGCUGUAGUUUCCUUCCUCUUCAUCACGUGUUUGGUGGUUAUUAUAUCAGUGAAGAUCUACAGAUGGAGACAGUCUCGCAUCCUGUAUCACUCCAGUCUCCCUGUCAUUCCAUAUUAUCCACCACGUUACUCAGACACUUUGGGGACAGGGACUCUGCAACACGUGUACAAUUACGAGGUGUGCAGGACGACAGACUCCAGAAAGAGUGACUGUAAGUUCGGCAGAGCCGGUAGUCAGAACGUGCUGAUAAUGGACCCCAGUUCUACAGGGACGAUGCAGCGGAUACAGAGUGACAAGAGCAUCCUGGAUGAACCUGACUCUCCUCUAGAGGUGAGUCAAAUAUUUUAG